AACAGCGGCCACUGUUUUAGCAUUUGUGCUGCUAAAAUGUACAACAAAAAAAAAAUCUAUUUUAAAUGUAGAGUAAAGGUAUUUCUGCUUUAUAAAAUCACUGCAGGAGAAAUUGGGCUGUUCAAAUGUGUUUGAUAUGACUUGUUGAAUCAUGCAGAUCAAAAUUUGAUUGUAUUCACACAUGUUCAGUGAAACAAAAAUUAUUUCAAAACUUUACAAUUAAAAACUGAUUUUUAUUGCGACAGACACAACUUGCUCUAUGAACACUGCCAUACUUCCAAUGACUACUUUUUAUAGUCUGAUGAAAAAUGUACCUACAGUCAAUUUAACAGUCUAAAAGCCAAUUCCUCCUCCUGCUGUGAUUCAGCUAAUUAAAGGAUUGAUUACACAUUCAGCUGUUACUCAAAAGAAUGAUCUCUGAGUAUUAAUGGCUGUGAGUUUAUAGACAAAACAUUAAUACAUUCAUAAGGAACACUGAUGUCAAACUUAUUCCCCACUACCCUGAGAAGAAAACAUAUGUUUAAAAAUCAUGAUCUAUCAGAAGAACAUAAGAACCAAACUAAAAAAUGUACUGGAAAUGAACCAAUGAAAAUCAGAUUUUGUUUUUUAAUUGUGGUUCAGCAGAAUCAUUUUAAAAACCGGCAGCUAAAAAGCUCUGAGUGAUGGAGACAGUUAUAAGCUUCAGUUUUCUGAGUGUUUGUGAAAACCUUUUGAACUACAAACGUUGGAGGACAUUUCUGAAAUAUGAAGGACAAAUCUGCUCACCUGCUGCAGAUUUCCAUUCAAUAGUGGGUGUUGGAGUGACCUCUGACAUUUGCUUAUCUUUAAGCAUGGUAGAUAAGCAUUUUAUAGAUAGUAAAAUGUACAGCUGCUGUUGAUUGAAGGAGCUUUGACAGGCUUGGAGACCAACUGGGAGACUUGGAGGGGUAUUGUUCUCCUGAUCCCAGUGUCUCUUUUGAGAAAAGCUUUAUGGUGAAUUGUAAUCGGAUAUAUGUGUUCAUUGCUAAUAAAAGUGGAUUGUGUCUUCAUUAUAAGUGCAUAACAUUUUCUAGGAAGAGGUGUUACCUAGCUCAGAAAGAAAUAAUGACCUGACAGAACAGAAAUGAUCAGUUUGUAGUGUUAAUUAAAGAUGAUUUAUUAGUAAGAUUAGAGGAGAUGCAGGUUGGUCAAUAUUUAAAUACGUUGGUAAUGUCCGACAUAUUUUCACAAAAACUGGUGGUGCAGCUGGUAGGACUGCUCUCUGCAUGUUCUCCCUGUGCAUGUGUGGGCUCCCUUUAGGGUCUCCAGCUUGCUCCCACACAGUAAAAACAAGACUCUUGUCUCUAGGUGCGUGUCUCCGAGGCUGAAUGUCUCUGUGCUGUCCUGGAGUCCUGGCCAGGGCAGACUCCGCCUCUCACCCAGUGGCUGCUGGAGAUAGACACAAUCAGAACGGCUGAAACUGAAACCGAAGUCUGGCUGAAGAAAGACUUUGCUGUGAGGAUUAACAGCUGUGAGGAUUGGCUGUGACAAAACAGAGUCACAGAGGACAGCCAACAGCCUUUCCUUCCUUCCUGGUUUUGAGAAAUGUUUCUUAAGGUGGUCUGAAACAAGGACAGGACUGAGCGUGAACGAGAAAGCAGCCAGUGUCUGGAGAGAGACUGAGAAACCUUCACAACAUCUGGAGAACUGCUGAUCAAGUUCAAAGGAUUGGACCAUGCAGAAACGGAAAAAUCGGAGAGAAUACACUGAACAUUUUGUUAAAAGGCGUCACCUGAAGCUAACAGAACUGAAAUUGGAAGCUGAAAGGUUUGGUUUGGAAAACAGAUACCUCCGGACUGAAAACAUCCCAGAAUAUCCCAAACCAGAGUUCCACGUGAGUCUUCUGAAACAUGAAACUACAGGAUCAGGGCUUUGUGGGAUCAGGAGGGAUGGGGGCUUCAGGAAUCCAUUUGGAGGAUCUUUGAUAUGGUGGAGUCUGGCUGUGGGACCGGACCAGAUGAAGGAAGCAGAGGCGAGGCUCCUGGAGAAGAAGUUCCCAGACCGGAUGGAGGGCGAAGAUCCUGAGCAGCAGAGCUUCCUGUGGAGGUUUGCCACAUCUCCAGCCUUCAAGGAGACGUCCCGGCUGGGCUGGUACCGCUUCACCUUCCCUCUGCAGGAGGUGCUGACGGCCUACAGAGACCAGUUCUGCUCCGGUUUUCAGCCCAUCAUGCGGGUCUACGAGACUGUCCUAUACGGACAAGAAGUGAUGCAUGUUGUUCUGGUCCACAGUCCAGCUAAGCAGGACUUCUCACACUACCCUUUGCUGAUUGAUGACCCAGAUGCUGUCUGUGUUUACAAAGACGGACAUUUUAUCUGGAGACCAGAGGCCAUGUGUGAGAAACACUGGUUGAAGCUGGUCUGCAGACCUGACAGCCAGCAGCUGGAGGCCUGUGGUGUAGCCGAGAAUCUCUCUUAUGUCUGGGACAAGGUUGCUGUUGCUCUGGAUGUUGGGAAGACACAGGUGCUAAAGUUUGAUGCUGAUCGACUGCGAAACAACCUGAAGUACUGUCUCCUAGAUGACAUUAACUGCCUUCCAAAGGAUCACAUACUGGUCAGUUUUGAUGAUGCUAAAACGGUGGUGAAGAGGCUGUGGCCGGGCUGGAGCGGUCCUCUGGAGGAGGAGCUCUCACUGCGGCACAGUUUAUCAGUUUCAGGCCUGCGCCUGGUUUUGGUUGGGUGGGCUGGAGUUGGGAAGAGCUCUAGUGGGAACACCAUCCUGGGAAGAAACGCCUUCAGGACCAGUCCACCUUUUGGUAGAAGCCGCUGCUGUCUGCAGAGAGGCAACGUCUUCAGCAGGGAGGUGACCGUCAUCGACACUCCAGCUCUCCCAGAAACAUCCGAUCCUGAGGUGAGGAAGGAGAUCUUCAGCUGCAUUAACCGGUCGGCGCCGGCGCCCCACGCCAUCCUGCUGGUCAUCAGACUGGGGUUCCUCACUACGCAUGUAGAGGAAACAGUGAAGCAGGUAGAAAAGAUGUUUGGAGAAAAUGUGUGGAGACGCACCAUGAUCCUGUUCACCCACUGGAACCAGGAAGAACCAGACAUCCAGAGGCAUCUGAAGGAGAAUGAAAACCAACUGACACUCCUGUUUGGGAAAGUAGGCAACAGAUUUCAGGUCCUCAACAACAACUCGCGUCACAGAGACGUUCAGCAGGUCUGGGAUCUGCUGUUUGAGGUGAAGGAGAUGCUGGUGAACAAUAAACUGGUGUAAACGGGGCAGGACCACAGUUUCAGUGUUUCAGAAGAAGGUAGUAGGGAAUGUUUUAGAGAUGAAAUGGCUCGGAUCAUCAGUGUUUUCAAGAAACUGUCAUACAGGAAUGGAAAAGCACCUUCACUGACAUGAUCUCUGCCUCAACACAUGAUAAACUCCUGGCUUUUCAGCACAUAAUUCAUUCUCAGGGACUGCAGCAGAAACUUAUCACACAGAGUAACAACAGAGAUUUCCAAGUGCUGAAAAAACAUCCAAGUGAACUCUUGUUUUUAGCGAGAGCAGCUUCAUCCUGCACACAUCAUGUGAGAGUCGCAUGUGGCUCUUUGACGGAUCCUGCGUCUUUUUUUUGUUUUUCUAAAAUGCGUGUUUAACAAAUGUGAUUCUGUGACAAUACUGAAAUUUCCCAUAGUUUUUGAAGGCAGCACUGGCACAAGCAGUGUAAAGUGCAUAAUGUGGUAAUAUUCUGUUAAGCUACUGCUACAAGAAUGGCAGAGAUUUUUCAACUGCAGAAAAAACAGAACAAAAGUGAGAAAAAUCAGAAAUAAACAGACUUCCCUGAGAGUUUAAAUUAA